AUGGCCCUCGACCAGCAUUUUCUGAACACUUCCGGCGAGACCGAUCCGGUGUGGGUGCAUCAAGUUCCCUACUCCGCACACCCGCAGUGCCCACCCCUAGACAGAGAUAUCGAAGCCGAUGUCUGCAUUGUUGGAGGCGGAAUCGCCGGCAUCUCCAUUGCCUAUGAACUGGUCAAUCGUGGAACCAACGUCACCUUGCUCGAAGCAAGGCACAUCUUGUCGGGAGAGUCUGGACGCACUAGCGGCCAUCUGGCGAAUGCUUUGGACGACGGCUAUGUCGAAAUCGCCAAGAAGCACGGCAAGGACAAUGCCCGGAUUGCGGCGGAAAGCCAUACGUGGGCGCUGAACCGUGUCGGCGAGAUCUCCAAGCAGCUCAACAUCGAUUGCGAAUACCGCUACCUUCCCGGAUACGAGAUCUCACAGUACACCCGAGACCAGCCGGAGCAUCGAACCGAGAUCGAAUCUUUGAAGCAGGAAUUUGAGAUGGCAAAGAGUCUAGGCUUGCCAGUUGCGUUUCGGGACGACCUGAAAGUCCGCGGGUGGGAUAGCAGCCUCGACCAGCAAGGCGGUACGAUCUUCGACAGGCAAGCGACUUUUCACCCAACCAAGUACCUCAUCGGAGUGUUGGAUUGGUUGAAGAAACAGCCGAAUUUCAACUGUUUCGCUGAAACCCGAGUCAUGUCCAUGAGCGAAAAAGGCCACGAGAUCUUAGGCUUUGGCAAUGAGAGGGUGACCAUCUCCACAGAGGCCGGUCAUCAAGUCACUGCCAAGCAGGCUGUCCAGGCGACGUGCGUUCCGCUGCAAAAACUGGCCGAAUGGAAUACGAUCGCACCUACUGCAUCGCGAUCCGCCGAGCAGUAUAAAUACGUCCGCCUAACCGAGUGCGACAAGGAGGACGAUUAUCUCGUUGUCGGUGGGUGCGACCACAAGGUUGGCCAGGAAGACACCGGCGGCCGGUUCGAGGAGCUGGAGGAGUGGGUCCGAAAACGGUUCACCAAAGCCGGGAGCGUGGACUACAAAUGGAGUGGCCAGAUCUUCGAGCCGGUGGAUUACAUAGCGUACAUCGGAAAGAAUCAAGCCUCCAAGCGCACCUACAUCGUCACAGGGGACAGUGGCAACGGCCUGACCCAUGGUGUUCUGGCGGGCAAACUGAUUGCGGACGAGCUCACAGGGAAGCAAAACGCAUGGAGCCAGCUGUAUGAUCCAGGUCGGAAGGUCAGCGUGGGAAAGUCCCUUCCGUCGAUGCUUGGUCAUGACCUUGAGAUCAAUGCGCAGUAUAAGCGGUAUCUGCAGACCGAUAUCACUGACAUCGAAGACCUCGCUCCUGGUACAGGCGGCGUUCUGAACAAGCAUCUUCAGAUGCCCAUCGCCGUCUACAAGGACGAGGCUGGACAGGUGCACCAGCGCAGUGCUCUGUGUCCGCACAUGAAGGGUGUGAUCUGUUGGAACAAUACUGAAAAGAGCUGGGAUUGUCCGGUUCAUGGGAGUAGGUUCAGUAAGGAGGGAAUUUGUGUUCUAGGGCCGUCCAAAGGCAAUCUACAGCCCGUUUGA